CUACACGAAAUCUAGCUGCUCAAUUUGAGCCAUUUGGUGGGCCAAAACACGGACCCCAAAUAUUUCCGACCACCGAGCCUUCAAACUCUCCCCCGUGCUUCAAUUAUGAUGUUUAGGACUGCAGUCAGCAAAAAGUGACUGCCGAACUUGUCUUUGACCAGCCCACGGAACGCAAUUGUGCUUGGACUGGCCCGCCGGCGACACGCUUCCUGUGUUUGCGGGCCAGCUUAGCUUGCUAGCAUAGCAUAGCGUCGGAUCGGGAGGGAACCAAUCAUGGCUCUCCCAACCCACACCUCGCUCCAAAACCGGUUAUACUUUCCCUCCUUUGCGGAGCUGCCGCAAGCCGACGAGCUGGACAACAACUACUUCACGGAACAGCCCAACGGCAUGCUGCUGCCCAACCGCACCUGGACCUUCUUCGGCGAGAUCGUGGGCGACUCGCUGAGCCAGCUGUCGGUGCUGGGCCACCGGGUGGAGGUGCGCGACGUCACAGGCAGCGUGCACAGCAUCCUGUUCUUCCCCACCAGUGGCUCUCUGGACAUGAGCGGCCUGCGCACCGGCGCCACCGUGUUCGUGCGGUACGCCAUGCGCUGCUUCUUCUCCGACCUGGCCACAGAGGCCAUCAAGGUCGAGGAGCUCAACUUCGUCAAGGUGAUCCCCAUGAACCUGGACAUGCUGCUCUACACCGCCUCCAUGUACUUCGACCGCCAGUCCCACUGCUCCGCCUGCGGCGCCUGUGUGGCGGGGCUGGGCGGCAGCGCGCCGCGCUGCGAGGCCUGCCAGGCCGCUGUGUACUGCUCGCCCGCGUGCCGGGAAGCCAACGCGCCACUGCACGGCAGCUUCUGCGGCCUGUGCUGCGAGCUGGCACAGGUGUUCAACCUGUCGUUCGAUUCCUUCAUUGAGUGGGUGCCGUUCCGGCAGUAGCAUCAGCGGCGGCAAUAGCAGAGCACACCCCACCUGGCACCGGCGGCAGCGGCUACCGUGGCAGCAGCGCCGGCGGCAGCAGCAGCGACACCAGCCGCGGUGGCAGCAGCGGCGUUGCUAGUGGCAGGAACAGGAGCGGCAGUGGCAGGCAGUGCAGAGAAUGUGCGGACAAUGGCAAGAAGAAAGGGCGCCAGCCGUACAACGGUACUGCGUGCCGGGUUUGUCGAAAUGGCGAGGGGCCAUUUGUGUACAAGCAUUGUUGUGUUUGUCUUCGUGGUGGGGGCGUGUGUGGGCCGGGAGUCAGCCCUACAGAGAUGUAUGAACUGUAGAAUUGUACUGAGGGUAUUGUUAAUGGCUUGGGUUUGGGGCACGGGCUUGGGGUGCCAAUUUGGUGUGUUGUCGGAAGGGCGCUUCAGCCGUUUCUGUGAGAUGUGGAUAAGUCAUUCUGGAUACGGCUGCCCCCCACCGAUGUGGGGUGCUGCACCGCAAAGCUGGCAUGGGCGGACGCGAGCCGCUUGCCUCCAUGGCUCCACGGCUUGCCUCCAUGGCUCCACCGCUUGCUCGCUCGCUCACUCGCUUGCCGGCUUAGAUGGAUGGAUGCGGAGGGCGAGGGCGAGAGAGAGCAUCACGCGUCAAGACUGGAACCGAAGAUGGACCGGCUGCAGAAUCCAGUGCCGUACUUGGGUUAUACGGGACACGGGGCGACGCAAUCAAGGUGUCUGAGAGGGAGGAUGGUUCGUCCUCUUGCCUAUCUCAGAUCUUCUGGUAUGGAAGGUAGCAUGGGGCGGCUUUACGUACGGCAGCGGCCUUGGAUGUGCCCGGCGGCUCGCGUGUGGGCGCGUGGGCGGCGUGUGUGGGCGGCACAGCUGUUGCAGGAUGGGUGUGUGGGCGCCUGCGGCGGUGCUGCGGUGCUGUGCUGCGGUGCUGUGCUGCGGUGCUGCGGUGCGGCGCAGGUCGUCCCAGCUACUGCCGCAGUCGAUCCAUCCAGACAGGCGGCAGUCGUCGGCGGCAGUGCUGCAUGUGCAGACUGUGCGUACGCCCGGAGGCAAAACGUGUGUGUGUGUGUGUGUGUGUGUGUGUGUGUGUGUGCGUGUUGAAGAGCCCAAGGAAAACAUUACGCGUAGGACAGUGUAUGCGAUGCAGAGUUAUAGUGUGUGAAUGUGUGAUGAGGGGUGUGGGUGUGGCGGCGGCAUGCAUGGCUGCCUUCGGUCAGUCAUGUCAUGUCAUGCGAGCUCUACCAGUUGAUUGGCGGGGCGAUGGGCGGUGUGUGGGGGCUCCAGGCGGCCACCCGAACUGUCGGGCUGCUGCCAACCUGAUGGGCCGGAGCUUCGCACAUUCAUUCAUACGCUACCGUGUGUAUGCUGUCAGCUUCCACACACCUGUUGCUUUGCUGGUCUAGGUAGCUUGCAUUGGCUACACGAGGCAGCCCACGAGCCUGGUAGGUUGGGGAGCGAAUGGUGUACGUGCCGUGUACGGUAUGCAGCAGCUAGCAGGCACGUGCAGGGGCGCAUUGGGAAUGGGGACGAGGCGGGGGGGCUGUCGGCAUACGCCGUUGCCGGGGGUGGACUCCAGCAAGGAAUGAGGGGGGCGCCGGGCCGGGGCAGGUAGAAGAUGCGUGCGAGCGGUGGGCGGGCAUCAGAGUACCCGCCCGAACCCCCCGGUACGGCGGUAACCCCAGCAGGGCAAAGCCAAGGUGGAGCCCGUCAGUAAAUGUAUAGAUGACUGUCAUACAACACAUCGUGAAGCGAUGUAUGAUCUGUGCAGCCAUGCAACGAGCCAUCUUCUUGUAUG